AUGUUGUUCUCCAAGAGUCUAGCGGCGACUGUGCCACUGGCGCUUUCGAGCCUUUCUCUCGUUACAGCUGUGCCCCAAUGGCACUAUGGCGGUGGUGGCGGUCAUGAUGGCGGAGGCAAUUCGUCAUCUGCUGUGAACACGACGACUUGCGGCGGCAAGACGUACGUCUAUGAAGAGCUGGCAGGAUACGGCAAGAUUGCCAGCAAUGCCCGUGAUAAGGCAGGCGACACACUUGGUGGUAUCGGGUCUUCCAUUACCAUUGAUGCUCGCUCGUGGCGACGGGUCGGGAAGAGCUACACUGGACUGCUGUAUGCUGUGCCGGAUCGAGGCUGGAACACGGAGGGGACCUUGAAUUAUCAGGCCAGGAUUCAGAAAUUCCUGUUGACGUUCACUCCAAAUGAAGAUGCCACUGUGCAAAAGCCAGGCGCUGAGAAUCUGCGAUUCAAGUUGCUCGAGACCAUCCUUUUGACGGAUCCCAGUGGACAGCCAGCCGUCGGUUUGGAUGGCGGCAUUAACGGUCCAUACCUCAGCUUCCCGGGUUUCCCAGAUCUGCCGUCGGCCAACUACACAGGCGAUGGCUUUGGAGGCGCGGGACCAGGUGGCUAUCGCGUUUCCCUUGACUGCGAGGGCAUCGCUCUGGCCCGGGAUGGUUCUUUUUGGAUUUCGGACGAGUAUGGAGACUAUGUGUACAAAUUCAACUCUCGCGGCCGCAUGGUCCAGGCCAUUCGCCCUCCAGAUGCUUUCAUUCCUAUCCGUAACAACAGCGAAUCGUUCAGCUCAGACAACCCGCCCAGAUACAACCCAGAACUCUCGCCGGUUCCAGAAGAUCCAACAUCUGGACGCGCGAACAACCAGGGUCUGGAGGGCUUCUCUGUCAACCCAGCCGGCACCCGAAUCUACGCCCUUACCCAGUCCGCCUUGAUCCAGGACGGAGGCUCGAAAAACAAGAACUCUCGCUACGCUCGUCUGUUGGAGUACGACAUCACUGGCCGCUCCCCACGACUUGUGGGCGAAUACGUUGUGCCCCUGAACCGCGAGGACCACACCGACAAUCCAGACACUCACGUCGCCCGCCAAAGCGAGCUUCAUUACAUCAGCGACACACAAUUCCUCACCCUCGCCCGCGACUCCGACCACGGCCGCGGCCAAGGCCCAGAGAACACCGAGAGCACAUACAGACAAAUCGACGUCUUCGACAUCUCCGACGCCACCAACGUCGCAGGCAAAGCCGACUGCCAGACGUGCCAAAUCGCCUCUUCGAAGGGUGUCCUCCAGCCCAACGUCACCGCAUCAGAAUACUGCCAAUGGCUCGACUUCAACGUCAACAGCCAGCUGAACCGCUUCGGUGUGCACAAUGGCGGAGCUGAGGAUGAGGGUCUUCUGAACGAGAAGUGGGAGUCGAUUGCCCUCGUUCCUGUUGAUACGGGCUACCGUGGGAAGGGAUCGGAUGAGUACUAUUUGUUGUCGUUCAGUGAUAAUGAUUAUAUCACGCAGGAUGGGUAUUUGAAGGGUGGAGAGUUCACAUACUCGGAUGAGGGUGGGUAUAACCUUGACAAUCAGGCGUUGAUCUUCAAGGUCAAGUUGCCUGGAGGCGCGAAGCCGCUUGUUGGGUGA